CGUCACAUUUGGGUUAGGGUUGUACUGAACCCACUGACUAAACCACAAUAACAAUCCGUUAUUGCUUAUUGGAGCCGGUUGAACCUAUUCAGUUAUUCAUUUGCCCUCUUUUAAUCUCUAGCAGGCUAGCCAGCUCCCCUUCAAUUUUAGUCCUCCUUGGUCCUUCCAAAAAAUCUCUGGGAGCUUCUGUUGGCAGCAGAGCAGCCAGUUUGGUUCCGUCGCUCCAAUCCCAAUCCGUUCCAUUCAUCUAUACUCUCUGUAAUUGUUGAUUUUUCAUUGCUCAAUUCAGUUAUGGCGAUAUCUCUCGCAAGCCAAGCACUAUCGUCCUCUGCUCUUUCCUUCAACAACAGAACCCUAAACUCCUGCACUAGACCCAAUCCUCCCCUCUUCUAUCCGACAAACAGAGCUCUCAAGGGAUGGUGCUCUGCUUUCGUUUCUCCCCUUCCGUCGUUACGCAGCAGCGGCAGCAGCAAGAGAAACUACUUCCACAUCCAUGGCUCCGGUUCCUUCCUUGCUCGUUGCGCAGUCCACGAAGCCGCUUCUGCCGAUGCAGCUAUGCUUACAAAUGAGGAAGAUCGUGCUCUACAGGAUGAUGUAAAAGAUAAAGAGGAUGAUGUGGAGGAAAUGAAGGAGGGAUCAGAAUCCAUUCCACAGAACGAAUCUGAUUUGAAGAAUGUUUUUGCAAGUUAUCGGGAAGCUAUCCUUUCUGGCGACCAGGAGACCGCUACUGCAAUUGAGGCUGAGUUAAAUGCCAGUGAAAGCACGAAAAAUGAGCUAGUAAUAAAGGUGUCGGCUUUGUCCGCGGAGAUAACUUCUGGCAGGGACAGAUACAUCCGCCUGCAGGCAGAUUUUGAUAAUUUCAGGAAAAGAUCAGAGAACGAGAGACUGAACAUCAGGAGUGAUGCCCAAGGAGCAGUGAUCGAGAGCCUUCUGCCCAUGGUUGACAGUUUUGAGAGAGCCAAACAACAAAUCAAACCAGAAACCGACAAGGAGAAGAAAAUAGAUACAAGUUAUCAGGGCAUAUACAAACAAUUCUUGGAGAUCAUGAAAAGCAUGCAGGUGACUGCUGUACCAACAGUUGGACAUCCUUUUGAUCCUUCGGUACAUGAAGCGAUUGCAAGGGAAGAAUCUCAAGAGUAUGAGGAUGGGAUUGUUUUACAAGAAUUCCGGCCUGGAUUUCUGGUUGGAGAGCGGCUAAUAAGACCAGCUAUGGUUAAAGUUUCUGCAGGGCCAGGGCCUGGGCCUAAAACUGAGGAAGCUCCUGCAACUGUUGAAGACCAUGCUGAGCAGGAAGCUGCCGCAGAAGGAUAAGCUGUGUUAGCGAGCAUACCUCUUUUUUUCUGGAAUUAUUUUACAGAGAGGUUCAACCACGGCCUGUGAUUGCUUGUGGUAUAAAAAACUCCAGUUUUAGCGUACUAUCUUUUUUCCCCGUUUUUGUCUAACUAUGGGUAAAAAUGACUGGUCUUCAGUGUAGUUACGACAACAGGGGCAAGCAGAGGCCACCAAGAGUUAAGAUGAUCGUUUCUUUGACACACUAUGUGGUGGUCGAUGAGCUAUUUGAUUUGAAAUGAUGUCUUCUACAUUGGAUAUAUCAUUCUUAAAUGGUUUAUUCUUGAAUUGGUUGAUGAGCUUAUGGGGUCGUUUGAAUGAGGAAUUGUAACGGAUCAAUUUGACACAAUUGUCUUGUUUUGACACAAUUGUACCAAAUUGCCUCGUUUGCCAGCAAAAAUAAUUGGAUGGAUCAAUCUGCCUGAGGUAUUCUGAAUUGAUCCGUUUUGAGUCAAUUUCAAUUACCUGGGGUGAGGGCAGGUAAUUCGAAUUGACUCGUUUUAAUUGUCUCAUUUAUAAAACGAGACAAUUGAU